GUCAGAAUGGAUCGCAGUGGGAGGCAGUCACCACGUGAGGAAUAUAGUCGAGAAGAAUACAAAGAUUACGUUGAUAAUAGUUACAGGAGUCAACAAAGUCACUCUUCUGAGUUAUUAAGUAGUUCCAGUCGCCAUGACUCAGGACACAAAAGAUCUGGCCGAAGACGUUCAAAUAAACAAAAAGAGAAUGUUGUUCCUCAGAGCGAUACAUCAUCAACAAUUGCAAGUACUGCAACUAAGCAGCGUAAGAAGAAGGGAUUUUAUGGGAUUGGUAGUUUAGAUGAAGAGGACUGGAGAAUAGUAAAUGAUCUUCCCAUUGAGACUGCCAGCAUCAGUACAAUAUCAGGAACCAAUAGUAUCCGUGGCAGCAAGAAUGAACUCUUUAGUGAUGGUAGAGCUAGUAAAAAGGAUGCAAAAAACUCAACAAAAGGUCGAAGGCGACGCCAAUUACCACGUGUCCCAGCAGUUAGGAACUCUUCAUUUGAAGAGGAAAGCAUACCUCCCAAAAGUAGCGGGGAUAGUAUUGCAAGUUCGAGGGACCGUGGACUUGAGUCAAAUGUUGACUCCCCAAUGACUCCAUUGCGUGACAGCAAAGAUCCAUUUUAUCUAAUGAAGAAAAAACGUGAUCCCUAUAUGUCAGAUUCCCCUUCUACACCAAAUAAUGAUAGCAUGUUUCCACUCGCUAGAUCAAAGAAAAAACGGGGUGUAGGGUCAUAUUUGACCAACCCUAUAGAUGAUUUAAGAUCUGAGACUGACAGAGAGUUAGACAAUGGUUCCUCAUAUGGCGCACGUAGUGAGGAUCGUUUGAGUCAGCCAAGUACACGUGAGGAUUAUAUUCCAACUCCAACUAUGGAUCGCAAUGCCAUCUAUCCUUCAGAUAAUACUCCAUUCUCGAGGUCUUCACUUAUAGAGGGUUCCAAUAUGCAAGAUGAAUACAGUCAUAACAAAUCACAUUAUAGGCAGGAUUCACUCCAAGACCAUGAUCUCUAUGACGAUUAUAUAAACCCUAAUAGAGAUUAUGACCAAAAUAUAUAUGACAAAGAUGAAUAUUCAAGUAGAAACAGUAAGGAUUUAUAUGAUCCCAAUAUGGAUGAUUACAGUGAUAAAAAUUACAAUAGUAACCAAAAUCGUGAUCGUUACAAGGAGCCUUUGGAUUAUCAAGACUCCAUGGAAAGUGAACAAACCCAAGGGAGCAGAUCUGAUAAACAGUACCCAGGGGAUUCAACUAAUAGCCAAAGUCCUCCAAUGAGCAGAGGCCCAUCUGUUGAUUCCGUGGAUUACCCAGAACAUGAUGAGUACAUA